AUGGCCCAGGUAAACGGAGGAGGAUCUUCUGCUGGCAAGGCCGCUGCGCCUGCAUAUGACAGCCAGCCCAAGAUGAAUGUGGAGCCGCCAAGGCAAGAGGAUCUCCAACAGAGCUAUGCCACUCUUAUUGGCAACGAUCCAAACCCCAAGGGCUGGUAUGGUGCCAUGAUCAAUACACUCGGUGCCUGCAUUGGAACCUUGGGAGCUAUCCCCGUUUGCUUCUGCUGCCCGAACCCUUACAAGAACGUCAACCAGGGUAAUGUCGGUCUCAUCACCAAAUUUGGUCGCUUCUACAAGGCUGUCGACCCUGGCCUGGUCAAAGUGAACCCUCUCAGCGAAAGGCUCCUUCAGAUCGAUGUCAAGAUUCAGACGUCCGAGGUUCCUGAGCAGAUCUGCAUGACCAAGGACAACGUCACGUUGCGCCUGACCUCUGUCAUCUACUACCACAUUGUAGCUCCCCAUAAGGCUGCCUUUGGCAUUUCCAAUGUCCGCCAGGCACUGCUGGAGCGUACCCAGACCACACUUCGUCACGUCAUCGGAGCCCGUGUUCUUCAGGAUGUUAUUGAGCGACGCGAGGAAAUUGCUGACUCCAUUCGCGAAAUCAUUGAGGACGUUGCCGCGGGUUGGGGUGUCCAGGUUGAAAGCAUGCUCAUCAAGGACAUCAUUUUCAGUCAAGAUCUCCAGGAGUCUCUCUCAAUGGCUGCUCAGAGCAAGCGUAUCGGAGAAAGCAAGGUCAUCGCAGCCAAGGCUGAGGUCGAAUCUGCCAAGUUGAUGCGACAGGCUGCCGACAUUCUCAGCUCUGCCCCUGCCAUGCAGAUCCGUUACCUCGAAGCGAUGCAGGCCAUGGCCAAGUCGGCCAAUAGCAAGGUCAUCUUCUUGCCUGGCUCAAGCCAGAAUCUCCAAGCCUUCAAUGCCAUCAAUGCUCAGGAAACUGGCGAGGGCAGCGGCUUUGGGCGAAACGACGGAAACCAAAAUGAUUUCGGAGGUCAGGACCCCGGUUUGCAAACCGCCAUCAACGCCCGCGUCGUGGAGAACAUCUAA